AUGGCCUCGCCUCCCCGUCCGUCGCGUCGUCUCAAACUGCCGAACACGGACGAUCACAGUCGCGGCUCGAUCGCACAGCCUCGCUACCACGUUUCCGCACUAGCCCCGGCAGCCGCACUUGAGGUCGCGAACGACUGCAGAAACGGGAGCUCCCAACACCAUCCCGCCUCCUCGUUUCCCCUUCUCGCCACCCGAAUUCGCGUUCCCGCCUCCCCGUUUCCCCUUUCCGCUCCCCAUUACCCCUUCCCGCCUCCCCGUUUCCCCUUUCCGCUCCCCAUUACCCCUUCCCGCCUCCCCGUUUCCCCUUUCCGCUCCCCAUUACCCCUUCCCGCCUCCCCGUUUCCCCUUCCCGCCUCCCUAAUUCCCCUUCCUGCUCCCCAUUACCCCUUCCCGCCUCCCCGUUUCCCCUUCCCGCCUCCCCAAUUCCCCUUCCCGCCUCCCGUUUCCCCUUCCAGCUCCCCAUUUCCCCUUCCCGCCGCCUCAUUUCCCCUUCCCGCCUCCCCAUUACUCAUUCCCACCUCCCUGCUUCCCCUUCCCGCUCCCCAUUACCCCUUCCCGCCUCCCCGUUUCCCCAUCCCGCUCCCCAUCUCCCCUUCCCGCCUCCCCAUCACUCAUUUCUUUGAACCAUUUUCGUCCUUCCACCUCCUAUGCAUCUCCUUUCCCUACCUAUGCAUCAGCUAUCCCUACCUAUUCAUCUCUCUUCCUUGCCUUAGCAUCACCUCUCAUCCCAUCCCCUUCAAACCCCUCUCAUCCCAUCCCCUUCAAACCCCUCUCAUCCCAUCCCCUUCCAGCCCUUCUCAUCCCAUCCCCUUCAAACCCCUCUCAUCCCAUCCCCUUCAAACCCCUCUCAUCCCAUCCCCUUCAAACCCCUCUCAUCCCAUCCCCUUCAAACCCCUCUCAUCCCAUCCCCUUCAAACCCCUCUCAUCCCAUCCCCUUCCAGCCCUUCUCAUCCCAUCCCCUUCAAACCCCUCUCAUCCCAUCCCCUUCAAACCCCUCUCAUCCCAUCCCCUUCAAACCCCUCUCAUCCCAUCCCCUUCAAACCCCUCUCAUCCCAUCCCCUUCCAGCCCUUCUCAUCCCAUCCCCUUCAAACCCCUCUCAUCCCAUCCCCUUCAAACCCCUCUCAUCCCAUCCCCUUCAAACCCCUCUCAUCCCAUCCCCUUCCAGCCCUUCUCAUCCCAUCCCCUUCAAACCCCUCUCAUCCCAUCCCCUUCAAACCCCUCUCAUCCCAUCCCCUUCCAGCCCCUUCGAUCCUCUUUCAGUCCCUCCCACCCCGGCAAUAAAAUAUCUAGAGGCAGAGGGGAGCGAGAGUGUGGGCCGCUUGGUGGACCUGCUAGUGAGAGGAGUGGGGGGAUUGGGAUAG